CACGGAGUCAAAAAUGACCUUGCGAAUGAUUUUCAAAAACUAUAUUCAAGCCAGAGUUUGAACCUUCAAAAUGCUUCUUGGAAUGAUUUUUUUCGACACUUUUUCAUCAAGUUACAGCAUUUUGAAAAUCGGUAUUAUUUCUCCGGGUGCACCGUUAAUUCUGUUGCUCAGUUUUCGCCAAUUUUUCUAACCUCCUCGAUCAAUUUUUUCCCUCAUCCGCGCGACCAAAUUUCAUUCGCUCCUCGACAAUACAUCCCGCUUCUCUAUUUUCCUCCGAAAUACGACUUGGUUAUAAAAGUCAUACACACACACACACACUCACACACAUUCAGCGCAAUUGUUCGCGUUUUGUGCGCCGCCUUGUAUGAAAACCGCGAAAAGAAGUUUCGAGAGAUCGUUUUUCGCGAAAGGCGUCGCGACGCGCCUGUUUUGUGUCGUCGGCCCUUUGUGUCUGGGUGGGUAAAUAUUAGCGGAGGAUGAUGAGGCCGAGCCCUUACCUCCCUAGACCCUCUCUCCCUCUCUCCCUCUCUCUCCGGCGGCGGCGGCGGCCCUUUCACGACAUAAAGGUAUACACGCGACGGCUCUACAACGUCCCGUCCCGUGCUCCCCGACGAACCUAAAGCUCAUCAGGAACGUAUUUGAAGUGGCUGAUGAUGGGCCAGGUCGAUGAAUGAACGAAUGGGAUAAAACCCGGCGAUCGAGAUAUCCGAUUUCCAAAACGAAACCACCUCCCGCUUCUUCAUCCGCACGCACCUUCGAAUAUCCGGUUACUCGGGCGGAAUCGGAGUCGGAAAAAAAUUUCAACCUCGGGGCGAAUCGGUUUCCAUAAACCAAUCGAGGCCGAUCGCCGGAAGGUCCGCUCGACGGAUCGGAUCGCCCCGUUAAACGUGGAAAACGUCGAAAAAAGAUUUAUCGGUUGGAGCCCAAAAAAUUAUCGAUAAAAAGGAACGCAACGAUCGAGCUGUUUCUUUCGAGAGGAGGAAACUGGCCUUCUGGGAUUUUUCGAGUCGAAAGUUGAAAAUUAAAAUUCCAGGAAUUUUCGUGGCGAAUCUGGCAGCGUCCGCAGGUAAAGUAGCGGAGCAACGUAAGAGAAAAUCGGGGGACGUUCAGAAGCAAAACGGCGGUUCGGUUUCGGCGAGGAACUUUUCCGGGCGAUUCCGAUCCGCUUUAACGCCGUGUGUAAUUCAUCUGUUUCCACGCUGUGACGGCUAGUCGGUGAGAAACUUGAUAUCUGGUUCAAACUAAGUUACCACCUAACCCCCGGAGUCGGAGCGCGUUUACAAAUAGAAACGAGCUAAAUAGAAACGUAAUUGGAAAGUUGCUGGAUAUCUGUUUGUCUAAUUAAGCGAAAUGGCAGGUAGAUAGAAGGUAAAUGAAGAACGCCGAGGCCCACGAGGCGAUCUCGCAGGGUGAAACAUAACCUCCGACCGAAUCGUAUGGAGUAUCGAAUUAUUCCGAAGGUCGUUACUCGCAAUUCUUACUUUCGUUUUCUUCACUAUUCUUCACACAGUAGUAGCCGUGAAUCUUUCGCUUUAUCUGUAGCGUUCGUCCGAAGGUCGUUUGAAAAAGAUACAAUAAAAAAAAUGAAGAAUAAGCUGCCCGCUCGGGGUGAAGAGCGACGACGAGGAGUCGACGAUCUCCGUUAAAUUCUUGAAAAGAUGUUCAGUCGGAAGAUAGGAGAUGGUUCGUGAAUUUCGUACCCCGAAUCUGUAGGUGGGUAGGUAGGAAGGAAGGUCGUUCCAUUGCGAGUCUUAUGGAUGAAUUCGAGGAAUAUUCCACGUCUCUACGUGUCCGUCGUCUGUACCAUACAAAUGCUAACUAAACCAGGUGCGGAGGGAACAGAAUUACACAAUUACUGCAUAAUUUCACGGCAAGUGAACCCGCUUCCGUAUUAUAUGUACUACACCCGGUACAUACGUAUAACGGGGGCUAUCCGCCUCGGUUGACAUUCGCCAUUCAAGAUGUAUAAUUAAUCGAUUGAUAAAUUCCUCGAAGUUAAACACAGUUGAAAUUAUAAGCGUGUAUACAGUAUAGGGAAAUGCGGGGCGAUACGGGGGAGGGGAAGGUUGGGGGGUAGUCCAAAAAUUUUGCGAAUUAUAUUUAUUUUAAAUCAUUAAGAGAAUUUAAGGGGAAUUUAAACAUCAUUCCGGAUGCGAGAACUUAUUGUGGUUUUUGCACGGAUUCCUCAAGUACCUCGUAUUGCCACGCGUUUUCCUAUAUAUCAUAUGGGAAAUUCCACGUCAUUGCGACAAGCCAAAAAAAGUUUUUUUUUUUUUUACAUUCUCUUGGUUCGAAACACUUUUGUGACUUUUUUUUUUCAAAUUUUCGAGUCCAGCUAUUUUCGCAGAGUUUUGAAUUUUCGAAAACUGAAAAACUCGAAUCGUUUUUUUUAUUUUUCAAAUAUUGCAAACAGUCUAUCCUCUGAUUGCAUGUCGAUUGUCGACUUGUUUAGGAAAAAAUGGAAGAAAAAUUGAAAAAAAAAAAAAAGUUUAGAUGAGACAAAAAAAAAAAUGACAAAAAAAUAUAAAAAUAAUCUCCCCCCUUUUUUUCAUAGGCGAAAAAUGUUCGUAAUCCACCGCAGUAUCUUCGAAACUUUUUUCCAAAAAAUCAAUAACGUGGCGCUAUAAUAAUUUUGAGUUUUUCAGUUUUCGAAAAUCCAGAACUCGGUAACGUCCGGGGCCCCAAAAUUUCGAAAAAAAUAACAAAAGUGUACGUUUCAAACCAAGAUUAACUAUCUAUAGAUAUAACACGCAAAGGAUAAAAUAAUGGCGCUAUAAUAAUUUUGAGUUUUUCAGUUUUCGAAAAUCCAGAACUCGGUAACGUCCGGGGCCCAAAAAUUCGAAAAAAAUAACAAAAGUGUACGUUUCAAACCAAGAUCAACUAUCUACAUAACGCAAAAAGGAUCUUCGUCAUUUUUUCUUUUCGCCCGAAGAUCCGCUCUUCUUUUUUUCUUCCCUCUUUGAAAAAAAUCAAACAAAAGCGGAUCGGCCGUCAGCUGUUCGAUGUACGGAAUAUCGGUUGCACACGGUGUACCGAUAAUUGUGACGAAAAUUCGAAGGGCGUACGUCGCGCCAAAUACGGUAUUAUCGGGAUUACCUUAACAUACGGAUUGUCGCGUCCGCGUACGUACAUUAUAUACAUAUGUGUAUAUAGAGUACGUGCCGCGGUACGUACCGUAAAUCGUAAUACCUUCAUAUAUACGCGAGGAUUUUGUUUUCAGCCGUUCGCACGCUGCACGUUUUCCUGCAGGGAUAUUACGGCAGGUUUCCCUACCUACCUGCCUGCCCACCUAUCCUCGCGUUUAACUAUAGUUAUAAUACGUACGUCCCCGCAGUUUUAGGCGGCCGUUUAAAUGGCGCUUGCGCUCCGCGAAUUUUAAGGGACGCGCGGCGUCGUCGGCCGUCGACGUCUCACUUGAAUCUCCGUCGCGCGCCCGUCAGCCAAAUCACUCGGUGAGCCCAGCUGAGGAUAAGCAUGUCGGGACCACAUUUCGCGCGUCUUUCUAACCGAUAGCAAAAAAAAACAAAAAAAAACUUUUAUUCAACACCCUCGCCCGCUCUCGUCCCUCCGCACGAAUCCCCCCCGAAAAAUCCGACCCGCGGUCCGUCGCGCUUUGAAAACCAAAAAAAAACAAAUAAAUAAAUAAAUAAAUAAUUCACUCCUCCUCUCCGCGAGCGCCUUCCCUCACUUUUUUCAUAACCGUGUGGCAUUCGUUCUCGGCCGUCGACUUUUUUUCACGCUGUUUUGUUUUUGAUUGUUUUUUGUUUUUUUGAUUUUUUGUUUCCCGUACGAAACCGACGAUGAAAUCGCGAGGUACGAGGUGUUCCGAUGUUCGUUUUAACCCGGUCAAAUGUAAAACAGCGUUGGUUCGCAGUCGGUGGUCGUUAUCGGAAUAAUCGAAGGUGACGGUGACGAGACUCACGUGUGGCCGUUUGUUUUUUCUGUACCUAAAAAAAAAAGAAACCCCGUAACCCCGGGAUGUGCGGUUCAAAAUCGACGUCGAUCGACCUCCGCGAAUCCAACGACGAAUCGACGACCGCUUGGAUUUAACGCGCGUUCCGAGUCAACCGGAACAACUCCGGUUGAGUGAGAUUUUCGAUUUAUUUUUUUUUCUUCUUUUUCUCUCCACGUUGCCGACUUUUUCGAAAUAACGCACGUCGAGGCGUCGAACCGCGGGGAACCAGAGAAUAUAAUCGAUCGCCUCCUCAUUUAUGAUUAAAUUUUCGAUCCCGUCAAACCGACCCGCGGAUCCUCCUUCCCUCCGUCCCCCUCUGCCACCGUACAACCCCCCAGUGACGACGCGCUACUGUCGCUCUACGCGCGUAGAAAACGAACAAUCGAAAGUUCCGACGUUCCAAAGUGAAGCGCUCUGAAGAUCGAAUCUACGUACAAACCGUGGUAACGUGCGUUGGACCUUAGAAAAUGGGAGUCUGAUCGCCGCCCGCCCGCCCGCUCGCCCCCCCUCUCACCUCCGACCUCCGCUUCGGAGAAGAGUCAGCGUUUCCAAUCGCAAGGAUGCGCCGGAGAUGACUAGGCAUUAAAAAGAGGGUGGAGUGGUUCUCGGAUCCGGAGGAAUAGGGGAUGGAGGUGAACGGGACGGAAAGCAGCCUAAAUGGCACGGACAACAACCGGACCGUCACUUCCGUUUACACCAUCGGCACGGAUUUCAUCACUAAAUGGAAAUCAAAACGGCAACGCGAACGACUAUGCAGAUACGUUUACAACCAGAUCCUAACCGCGAAGUGCACUCAGCUGAACGGUUCCUGGCCGGAGCCCGACGACCCCCGUUGGAACAGCGGCGAGUACGCCGAUCUUUUGCCCGACUGGUUCCCCACGAACACCAGCAACCUCACGAGUUUCUUCCGAGAUAACGCGACAGCGACAACUGCCCAGGGUGAAACGCUGAGCCCGGUACUUCCGCCCUUCGAGUUAUGGCAGACGAUUCUCAUAGCCCUGUCGCUGGCGAUCUGCAUAGUCCUGACGGUCGGGGGCAACAUUUUGGUACUCCUGGCUUUCAUCGUCGACAGGACGAUCAGGCAGCCCAGCAAUUAUUUCAUCGCCUCGUUGGCCGCUACCGACAUGCUUAUCGGCACCGUCUCCAUGCCCUUUUACACCGUCUACGUACUGAUGGGAUACUGGGACCUGGGCCCGCUGCUCUGCGACCUCUGGUUGUCCGUCGAUUACACGGUGUGCCUGGUCUCGCAGUACACGGUACUGCUGAUCACCAUAGAUCGAUUCUGUUCGGUGAAGAUAGCCGCUAAGUACAGGGGCUGGAGGACGAAGAACCGUGUGAUCUGGAUGGUGACCAUCACCUGGAUAAUACCGGCCCUACUGUUCUUCAUCAGUAUAUUCGGCUGGGAGCACUUCGUCGGCUACAGGGACCUACUGCCCGGCCAAUGCGCGGUCCAAUUCCUCAAGGAUCCGGUAUUCAACACAGCGCUGAUAAUCGGCUACUACUGGACCACUCUCAUAGUACUGUUCAUACUGUACGGUGGCAUCUACAAAACGGCCUACGACAUGCAGAAGAAAAGCGAAGCCAAGCAGAGGAAAAUGCAGUCGAUGGUGGCCCUCAGCGCGGGCGCUAUGUCCGGAAUGGCGGGGCGCGCCGCGGGCAUCGGAAUCUCGAAAACGCAGAGCACUCUCCUGAGCCAGGACAAGCCGAAGGCGACGGGGACCGGGACCGUGUCGGGAGCGGGGGCCGGAGCCCAGGGGGCGCUGCAGAUCCCGGCGAGCGGCGGCGCCGCCGGCGCCGCCGGAAGCGGGUCGGGCGACGCGACCGGAAAUCAACGAGCCUCAACGAGAUCCGCCGGCGGCAGUUCCGCCCCGGAAUCCAGCGGGAAACAGCAGAGCGCUUCGGGGGGCCCGUCGGACCUCGAGAAAUCCGAGAGGUCGAGCAGUCCCGCGUUCGACUCGGACGAGGACAGCACGGUGGGGCCGGCCCAGCAGCCGGCCAACCUCGGGAGGAAGCCGAGGUCAUCGCUGGCCGGUCUCGUCGCCAAGUCCGGUGCGCUCCAGGUGUUCGGCGGGGCGAACGGGAAGGCGAACGGAACGGUGCCGGCCGCGGCGGCGGCGCCGCGGCCGCCGCCCGAGGAACCCCAGGGCGUCCCGAGGGGCCAGGGGCUUCCCAAGAUCCAGGAGCAGAUCCCCGUGGACCCGGAGAAAUCGAGCAGCACCAUAACACCGGAUCUCAGGUCGCCACCGCCGCGGGGCAACGACAGUUCGGAGAGCCGAACCUACAGCGAGGACUCGUCGGAGGCUACGCCGGCCCCGCGGCGGGCCCUCCGGAGCUUAGGGAACCAGACUUCCUCUUUACCGACCGUCGGUAACGCAGGACAGCCCCUCUCCGAGGGCUCGCCGGUCUGGUCGGCCUCGGAGAGGCCGAGGGGCCCCGAGGCCCCCGCGGGGGGCCCGGCGGCCCCCUACGACGCCCUCACGGGACUCGACGGGGCCGAUCUGAGGUACAUGGACGAGAGUUCGGUGAUCGUGCCGAGUCCCUCGUACGAGAGUCCGCCGUCCUCGUUUUCCUGCAGUCUGGCUAAUCCCCUCUCGACCGCGCCCCCCUCGCCGAUCCUGGGGAACUCGGGGACCUCCGCGGCGAACACCAGCCUCCUUCAGGCCGCUCUGAUAAGGGCGACCGCCCAGCAGGCCGGAGCCAAUCAGCAAUCGUCCUCGCAGAGUCAGAUCGUUGCGCAGGUGGCGCAUAACCGUCAAUCGUCGCACGCGAACGCCUCGAGUCAAACGCAUCCGCCGCGUGUAUUUAUCACGCAGCAGAGUCACGCGGCAUCGCAGACGUCGCCGAUAGUGAGCAAGGUGAACACCGAGGUCACGGUGAAGGCGGAGGACACGAGGAAACAGCAACCGGUGACCACCGUUGUGAGCGCCACGCCGCAGGAUUCGUCGAACGGAGCUAACGAGAAGUACCCGGAUCUCCACGUGACCUGCAGAGCGACGGCCGCCGGACAGAAUUCGUCGCCGAGCAGCGCGGUGCCGACGAUAUCGGGGACGACUAGCGCGGAGGGUAAGCGUCGUCCUUGCAAGAAGGACGAGGUAUGCAACGAGGGCGAGGAGUCCGGAUCGAAGAGGGACUUCGUCAAGACGAUCGGCAAGCGUUUGAAGGUGAAGACGCAGAAGAAGGACCCGACGGUGGGCCGUCAGAAAUCGAGGACGGAGAACAGGGCGAGGAAAGCGUUCAGGACGAUAUCGUUUAUCCUGGGGGCGUUCGUCGCCUGUUGGACGCCCUACCACAUACUAGCCCUGGUCGAAGGAUUCUGCUCGAGUCCGCCGUGCACCAACGAACACCUUUACAUGUUCUCGUAUUUUCUGUGCUACGCCAACAGUCCGAUGAAUCCAUUUUGUUACGCUCUGGCUAACCAACAGUUCAAAAAGACGUUCACCAGAAUACUGAAGGGCGAUUUGCACAUGACGUGAAAUGUGCGAAUAAAAUUUCGAAGAAUCGCUAGCGGAUUCGCGAUGCGAAAACCGCGCAAAAUCGUCAAAAUAUUCGAAACGCCGUAGUCCUUCCCCUCGGUAUAAUGCUUAUAUUGUAAUUAAUCAUACUAUAAUUAAUAAUACAUUAUAUCAAAAUAACGUUCUGGCAAAACGCCAGUUUCUAGUCCGAAUUAUACAAUAAUAAUAACAAUAAAUAACAAAUAAUAAUAAUAAUAACGAUAAUAAUAGUAAUAAUAAUAAAUGUAUAUACAUACUUGUACUUACGUAAGUAUCUAUCUUGUAGGUAUGUAACGGUAAUUCGUGUAGAGUAUAUAGGCCUGGACAAUAAUUUAAGUUUAUAAGAUAUAAAAAAUGGGGUCGGAUAUAUAGGAGAAUGAAUGAAUUAACUGAAAUUAACGCCGUAUGGGAAAUUGGGGGGGGGGGGGGGGGGGGGGAUCAAUUAAAACAAAAAAAAAAGAACCAAAGUAAAUGACGGUAAAAAAGAAGGGGAGAUUGAGCCGAUGUGUACAUAGUAUUAUAUACUUAUAUAUAUUACACGUACAUGAAUGAUAUAUAUAUAUAUAUAUAUAUAUUAAAAAUACGAUUAUUAUUCGCGCUAUAAUGUUGCCUAUAUACCGAAUAUAUUGUGUAAAUAAUGUAUAUGUGUGAAUACCUAUAUAAAUAUCGUUAAUUAAAUGAUGGGGAAAUUGUAGAGAGAAAAAAAAAAAAACAAUGGAGGUCGUGUAACGAUUUCCGGGUAAUAUGUUGUAGUACGAAACCUGAAGAGAAAUCGCACGAGGCGCGUGCGUAAAAGAUAUUUACAUGUACCAUAAAUUAUAAUCGGCACUCGUUCGAACGCAAAGAAAAAAAAAAAAAAAAAAAAAACCAAUAAGCUAAUUAAUAGAAUUAAUUCGUACGAUAAACGUCACGUGACUACUAGACCUAAUCGAUAUACAUAUAAAGUAAUUCGUACAGUAGGAGUAUAUGAGGCUUUGGAUGGAGUGAAGUAAGAGAUGAUAACGAAAGAGAAAAGUAAACACGAGACGCGCGACUCGAGGUAAACAAAAGAAAUAAUAAAUAAAUAAAUAAAAGAGAAAUAUACCAUAGACGCCGUAUGGACGUCGUACAUUAAAAUAUCAUAUAUAGUACUUGUAUUAUUAAUAUCGUUAAAAUUCAUGGGCUGUAAUUACGUUAUAAUAACUGUAUAGCACGAUCUACGAGUGUCCUCUCGUAGAACGCGCAUCAGCGAAAGACGCAAAGUGAUUGAUUAAUUGAUUAUUAUCGAUCGAUUGAAUUGAUUGAUUGAUUGACUUCGGUGUCGUCUGUAUUCAAGUACGUUAAGAAUGUUCGACUCUGCGAUUCUAACCUCAUCGGCACCCUACGAAGAAUCUACAUUCGAUACCGUUAUACAUAUAUAUAUACAUAUAUAUAUAUGUAUACCGAUCCGAUUCGUUCGCAGAAGCGAUAAAAUUGUAACCAAUCAACCUCACGGCUUCAGUAACGCGACUUUAUAAUUCGACCGCUUUGGCACGUGUUGAUUGUUUUUUUUUUUUUUUUUUUUUGUCACACCACGCGAAAUUGUUCCUUCAUUUGUUAUCGAACAUUGAACGCGCUAACAAUGAGAAAUAAUAAUUCGAUCGUUGGGAAAAGGUCGUGAAAAAAGGACGGAAACGAUCAGGGCGGGCGCCUCGCCGUACUGACAACGAGCCCCUGUCAGGGCGGCUUCAUCCUCCCUUCGGUUUCCAACCCUUUUUUUUUGACGCCGGUUUGAUCCCGAAAUAAAGUAGAUAUAUGUAUAUACAGAUAUAUACAUACGCUCACAAUAAUCAAACGACGCUCCGCUACCGCAAAAAUAUAUUAUAUAACUAUGGAUAAACGAUAUUGUUAAAAAGUUGAUUGAAGAAGUCGAAAGAAAAUAAGAUAAGAUUAAUCAUUACGAAUAACAGUAGCGACUACCGAAUCCGUAAGCACACCUAUAGAGAUAUAUCGUCGACAAUAGGGCUUACGAUUGAGCGUAAAAUUGAUCAUUGAUGUUUAAAUUAUUCGUUGGAACUUUCGUACCGAUGAUAUGAAAGCUUUGUUGUACAUAUGAUGCAAUUAACUCUACGCAUAAUAGAUUCUAAGCGAUAGAUUAAUAGGAGAAAUGUAUACCUUGUAGAAUAUAAACGAUUGAUAGAGAUCACGUUUUUUCAUCCUCGAUAACAUCCUUCGUCGUACCCCGAUCCCCGCGUUAUACCACGGCGACGACACUGCGAGUCGAAAAUUAUUGCGCGGCGAAAACAAAAUCGAACAAAAUCGAAUCGAUAAAUAAUAUCGACCGAUGCUCACCGACUUUGACCAGCGGAAGUUUUAAGGUUAGGUCGCGCUUCCGGCGCGCGACUUUUUUUCCAAUAAGCCAGCGACCCCGUCGACCGUCGGUAAGGAAGGAAACUCCGUCGGUGUUCGUCGAGAACGAUUGAAAGUCGCGCAUCCAGCAUUCGGCGCGCGUUAACAAAAUGCGCAGAAAUCAAUGCGGUAGUAAUUUUCGCGAGGCAUGCGCGCCGCGGGGCGCUUCGUAAUUCCUCGCGAAGCGCGGAGGGUGAUAAACCAGGGUGAGAAUCUUAUCGAAGAUUGGAUCCCCGAGAGGGUGAGAGUGAGAUAAUAAUUUCCCAAAUCGGUCGAGAGGAGCGAUCAAAGAAAUCCGAACGGGUCGGCGACGCGGCCGCGUCGCUUGUGGUCGAAUCCGCGGGUCGGUGAUAAUUUCGAGAGAGAGAAAGAAAAA